AUGGUGCGGAUACGCUUCAGCAUGAGGGGUCUUCGCGAUCGUCUGCGCCUGGCGGGCGCCUCGGCGUUUUGCCGCGAGAAUGCGCUGCUGUCGAUGACAAUCAUGGCCGUCAUACUUGGCGUCGGCUUCGGCUUCGGGCUGCGACCGUUGAACUUGGACCCGAAGAUCCUGCAGCUGAUCAACUUCCCCGGCGAGAUCUUCAUGCAGGUGUUGAAAAUGAUGAUUCUGCCGCUGAUCUUCUCUUCAUUGAUUUCCGCACUGGCCCAAAUGGAUGCGAAAGAAUCGGGCCAAAUGGGUCUCUGCACGCUGCUCUACUACCUGGCCACCGCCGUACUGGCCACUAUGCUCGGGAUCGUUCUGGUGCUCACCAUCCACCCGGGCGACCCGGACGGAAUCCCCGAAAUUGAAGCAGCCCAUGAUAACUCGACGAAUGUGUCGCCGCUUGACACUUUCCUGGAUUUGGUCAGAAACAUGUUCCCCCAAAAUAUCAUCCAGGCCUCGUUUCAACGAAUUCAGACGCAGGAAAACCCGUUCAACGCCUCGGUAACGCACAGAAAGUCUAAAAAGCUGGUGACGCGCACGCCGGGGAUGAACAUUCUGGGAAUCAUCGUUUUCUGCACCGGUUUUGGCAUUAUGAUUUCACAGCUCGGGGAGCGCGCGCGGAUCGUUGUCGAUUUUUUCGUCAUCCUCGACGCCGUCAUUAUGAAAUGGGUGGAGACGUUAAUGUGGUUCGCCCCGCUCGGGAUUACGUGUCUGAUUUGUGGAAACCUGCUCGAGCUCGACGAUCUGAGCGACACGGCGGCGGUACUGAUGAUGUACGUGGCGACGGUGAUGGCUGGCUUCAUCCUGCACACCGUCAUCAUCAUGCCCACCCUCUACUUCUUGGUCACAAGAAAGAACCCGUUGGCCAUUGUCCGGGGCAUGCUGCAGGCCAUCGUCACCGCCUUCGGCACGGCUAGCGGGGGCGCCACGCUGCCAAUGUCGAUGCAGUGUCUCGAGGACAAUUGCGGAAUCGACCGUCGGAUCACGCGUUUUGUGCUCCCACUCGGCAGUACGAUCAAUAUGGAUGGGAAUGCCCUGUACGAAGCGGUGGCCGUCAUCUUCAUCGCGCAGCUCAACAACAAGGAGCUCAGUUUUGCCGAGGUGAUCACGGUCAGUAUCACGGCCACCGUAGCGUCGAUCGGUUUGGGUUCGGUGCCGGCCGGGCUCGUCUCCAUUCUCCUCAUCUUGAACACGGUCGGGCUGCCGGCCAAGGACGUUUCCCUGCUAAUUACGGUGGAUUGGCUACUGGAUCGUGUCCGGACUGCGGUCAACGUAAUUGGAGAUGGAUUUGCGUCGGGUGUUGUGGCGCACUUGCUACGGACCCGACUCGAAAAAUCGGACAAUCGCAACGAGUUUCGCGCCGGCAUCAAGGAGGAGAUUGAGCUCCUCAAGUCCGCCGCGCAAAGCCAGCAGCCAAGCCGGCGCUCGAGCGCGUGGAGCGAAUUUUCCGGCAAUGCGUACUUCCCGGCCAAGUCGUCGUUCUCGGGGUUGCCGUCAAGGGUCGUCUCCAGAAGGCCGUCAACGAUCGAACAGCUGAGGUGGAGAAGCCCGUUGCUCUACCCGCCACUUCGCAAUGAAAUGAUC